AUGUCUCAGGUCGAUGCGAUGAGCAGCCCUGCAGCAGGACCCUCUAGUCCCUCACGGGAGACUGUGGAGCGGGCAGGGCUUUCGAAGCUGCUGAUAGAGAGCUUCUACACCAAUCGAGCUACAGCAGACAAAGAGAGAAGAACCAGGAGGAAGAACCUUGAGAACCAGCUCGAUCAGCUGCAGUGCUCGCAGCAAGAGCGAGAGGAUGCGAUUAAGGAGUUCGGGGAGAAUGAGAGCAGAUACAGGAGGAUUGUUCGGCAGAAAAUGUCUAUCAAUGAUUUCCUAACCAUCAAGGUCAUCGGGCGAGGAGCGUUCGGGGAAGUGAGGCUGUGCCGUGGGAAAGGAGCCAACGAAGAUCUGUACGCUGUCAAGAUUCUGAAGAAGAAGGAGAUGAGACAGAAAGACCAAGUAGCGCAUGUCAGAGCUGAACGGGAUCUGAUGAGGAGUGCAAGUGAGAACGACUGGGUGGUCAAGUUGUUCUAUAGCUUCGACGAUGAAGAAUACCUGUGA